AGUUCUGUGAUGGAAGGCAGUGGCAGUGGAUUGACUGUAGAGCUGGCCUCCCCUGGGCCUUGUGUGGCUGGCAUGGAGGGGAACACCAGUGGGCAGGUGUUUGAGGUGGUGCUGCAGAACAGCUCCUCGUCCAAACGUAGCCCUCAGUUUGUGGGGGUGGAGCUGCUGAAGUCCUUCAAGCUGCUCAUCAUCCCCUGCUACAUCCUGGUGGUGCUGAUCGGGGUGUUCGGCAACUACCUGCUGCUCUACGUCAUCUGCCACACCCGUAAGAUGCACAACAUCACUAACUUCUUCAUUGGAAACCUGGCCUUCUCCGACAUGCUGAUGUGUGCCACCUGUGUCCCCUUCACCUUGGCCUAUGCCUUCAACCCCCGCGGCUGGGUUUUUGGGAGGUUCAUGUGCUACCUGGUUUACCUCAUCCAACCAGUGACCGUCUACGUGUCUGUCUUCACUCUCACUGCUAUUGGUGUUGACAGGUACUAUGCCACAGUUCACCCUCUGAAGAAGCGGAUCUCAGUGCUGGCGUGUACCUACCUCCUAUCUGGGAUCUGGCUGCUCUCCUGUGGGCUUGUGGCCCCGGCCGUGGCCCACACCUACCAUGUGGAGUUCAAGAAUGAUGGCUUUACCAUCUGUGAGGAGUUCUGGAUGGACAAGAAGAGAGAGAGGUUGGCCUACGCAUACAGCACACUUUUCAUGACCUACGUCCUGCCUCUGUCUGCCCUCUGCAUCUCUUACCUCUGCAUCUCUGUCAAGCUCCGUAACUGUGUGGUGCCUGGUCACCGCACCCAGAGCCAGGCCGAGGCCCAGCGAACCCGCAAGCGCAAGACCUUCCGUCUGAUCACCCUGGUGGUGGCGGCUUUCGGCGUGUGCUGGAUGCCCAUCAGUGUGUUCAACGUGCUGCGGGACAUUGACAUUGACCUGAUUGACAAGCGCUUCUUCCUGCUCAUCCAACUGCUGUGCCACUUGUGUGCCAUGAGCUCGUCCUGCUGUAACCCUUUCCUGUAUGCCUGGCUGCAUAACCGCUUUCGUGCCGAGCUGCGCAAGAUGUUCACCUGUCACCACCGCAUCGGCAUCCCUGCCAACCACUGUGCCACAAACAGCGUGAACCCCUUCAUUCCACCCUCCCACCCACCCGCACAGGAUUUGUUCAGAGAAUGGUCUUGAAACCAGCUGAAAUAUUUUUGGUCAGGGUUUUUGUACUGUAAGAUAAGAUGGUAAAAUUAUUACUUUUGUUUUUCAAAUAGUUGAUUCUUCGGACUCCACUCCCACUGUUUCUCAUGCCCAAUUAAUACAUAUUUUGUGAAAAGUAAUGUACAUUUCUGCACAAGAUUAUUAAGUGGUUGCACAAGUGCAAUAAACUGUGCCACAAACAAGAGUGCUGCAAAAAAAGUAUACUGCAUUUGAAGUGUUCUUAGACAUGUUGAAACAUCAGGAGUUGAUUGAUCAAGAUGGACAUCUUCGGUGUACAUUAUGCUGUUUAUAUAAGCAUUAUCUUUAUUGUACAGUGUAUUCCCAUAUGAUGCAUACAAAGUGAUGGUUUAAUAAUAGAUGCUUUGGGUUUGGUUUUUGCUUGAUUUCAAAAGUCUCUACAACCUCAAGGUUGUGACUGACAGGUGAUGCACAUUACCAGAUGGGAACGCAGCUUCCAACCUCACAGAAGAGGG